AUGCUCAUUAAGGAUUUAUUAACUGAGCUUAUAGACGACGGGCUUGUCAAUAUGGAGAAGUGUGGUACUACUAAUCUAUAUUGGUGUUUCAAGUACGAUAGGGUGAAAAACCUAAUCAAAGAUCAAGAAAACGUAGAGAAGAAGAUAGAGGUUCGACUAAAAGAUAAAAUAUCACUUAUUGAACAGAUUCAGGCAGCCAAACUUUUGAGAAAGAAGAAAAGCGAGUUUGGAGAUAGAGAUAAGCUCCUAGGUAAAUUAAAAAGAUUACAGUUACGAAAAAAGGACUUGGAACCACAGAUGCAAGCAAUUGAUGAAAAUGAUCCUGAAAAGCUAGAAAAAAUAUACAAACAUAACUUGAAAUUGAAGGACGGUAUUGACUUUUUUACAGAGACUAUUGAAGAGAUGAUUUAUUAUUUUACUAAAGUAGCAGCAUGUCCAGUUGAUGAAAAGAGCCUUAGAGGUGAACUAGAUAUUCCAAUAGAAUUUGAAGAUACCUCUCAAGUUAUGUUGUAA